AUUUGAUAGGAACGAUUCUGUUGCUAAACAGAAUUCGUUAGGUUGUCAACAAACUUGCGAGUGGCCUCGGGAAUAUUUAUUUACGGCGGUGCUGCUAAUACAUGCAAUUGCCUGGAUUUCAAAGCCGUUUGUUUUUCAGACGCUACGUACAAAAUAUAAACUCAAAACAUUGGGAAGCAAAAUCAGAACCAAUUGGGGAAACUGCCUUUCUUUUGUCCCAAGCAAGCGAGCGUCGUACACGCCCACUAGUAAUGCGGGGGCAUGCGCUUUGUGAUUCUCGAGAACGGUUCAUACCUAAUGAAAAAAGGGUUUUAUGAUGCUUGAGUGUGCCUAACUGAGCAAAAUUUAAUAGUACAGUUCGGUUGAAAUUGGGCUGUCCAAAACUACUUAAGGGCCUGUGGUUGUGAGUUAUUGUCCUGCGAUUUGUGUUUUAAAUAUUAGAGGUUAUGUCGUUUAUUUUUAUUGUAUGUUGACAAAAUGCGUAUGUAAAUUAUUUAUGCGAAAGUUAAUUGUUAUAGUUUAAUACGAUUAUAAAUUCGGUUACUUUGAUAUCGUUAGUUACAUGAUGUGAUGACGGAGUCUGACACUUCAAUGCACAGUAAACAAUGGCCGCAGUCGUGUCUCACGAGUAGUGAACUUCCAAAUAGUGUUGUGUUAACGUUUUAGUGGGAACUUAAAAUGUCAGUACACUACAGAAACAUGUGGUUGCAUACGUCACAAGGAUUUUACUCUCAAAUACUUAACCGACUUCUAAUGAAUGUAUGUUGUGGCUAACCAGUUAUAUCUCAUGAAUUCAUUGCAGCAAGGUUUUCUGAUGGCAGCUAAUAUUUCCAUGUAACUUCAAUAUGGAUACUGAUGACCCAUUAGGAGUUUCUCUACAACCAUUACACGUUCUGGGAACAUAGGUAGUUUUGAAAGUAAAAUGGCGUGCUCACUGUUGGAAAGCAAGCGCUUCUUUUGCCGUGAGUGGGCAUUUUUGAAGAUAAACCACUCUUUGGAGCAAAGAUCAGUGUCCAAAACAUGUGGAACUAUGAUUGUUGGGGGGCCUGGGACUGGCAAGACGGCAUUGUGUUGUGAAAUUGUGUGGCCGUGUUCAGGCUCCAGCUCCCGUCAGCAACGAAGUUUACACAGACGGCUACUUGCCUAUCACUUCUGCCAGGCGCAUGAUGCUUCCACACUUAGUGUAGCAGAGUUUGUACGUGGUUUGGUUACCCAGAUUCUUGCUACUUCUUGUGCCACAGAUGAUAAUGCUUCAUCAUCACAUAUGCCAAAGACAUUUACUGCUGCAGACAGCUAUGCAGAAAAAGUUCGAACAGAUCCAGAAAUUCUUGCAGCUUUGCGCCCAGAUGCCCUGGAACGUGAUCCAGAUGAGGCCUUUAAGCGGGCUGUAUUAUUUCCUCUGCUUGAGAUAGAAUCUCCAAAACAAUGCCUAUUUCUUCUUGUGGAUUCCAUCGAUGAGGCUCAGUGUCUAGGUGUCACUAGUUCUAGUUUGUCAUCAUCCAGCCGACAUAGCUCGCUAGGUCCUAGUAGAACGAUAGCAGAGCUUUUGGCUAACCAUCAUCAUUUGUUUCCACAUUGGUUACUGUUAGUUUGCACUGCCAGAAGGCAGAGCAAAGCGGUGUCGCGCAUGUUCACAGGUUUUCGCAAGAUAAGCCUCGACGAUUUGCGCAAAUGCCAAGUAGUGCGUGAUGUUCAGCAGUAUAUAUUGUCGCGUUUAGACCAAGAAGAGAACCUUCGUCAACAUAUUAGUCGAGAUACUGCAGAAAUGCUUAACCAGCUUCAUAUAAAAAGUAAUGGAUGUUUUCUGUAUUUAGAAAAAGUCCUUGAUGGUGUUGCUGAGAAUUUUAUUGUUCUUCGUGAAGUACGUGAAAUUCCGGGAACUUUAAAUGGCCUCUAUUUAUGGCUGUGCCAACGGCUUUUCAAUCGCAAGCAAUUUUCCAAAGUGUUACCGUUAUUGAAUGCCAUUCUCGCAGCAAGACGGCCUCUUACUCAGGAACAGCUUUAUCAUGUUGUGUGGACUUCCAAUACUACCAUGUCUCGGGAAGAGUAUCAGAAACGUCUGCACCUGUUACGGCGGGUAAUUUCGGUUUGUAAGGAUGGGACAUUACUUCUAUUCCACCAUAGCUUUGCUGAGUGGCUGCUUGAUGUUAAACAUUGCACGCAGAAGUAUCUAUGUUCAGCUGCUGAGGGACAUGCCAUGUUGGCUAUGAACAGUACUUUGCAAGCCAAACAGUUGAAUGCAGAAGAAGUUCAAGGGUUUGCAUACCAUUUGGUGAAGAUACCUGUGCCAUCUCCAGCUAUUUUAUCUGAGAUAAAUAGCACCUGUGGCUUUGAAUACAUGCAGCUAUUGGUUUUAUGGCUUGUGGAUAGUGGUGCACACGUUGAAGAUUCCUUAAUUGAACUUUAUGAAGGAGUAACAUCUGCAGGGCAGUUGUCAUCCACUCUACCGACACCAAAAGAUCCUCGCAUACUGAAAUUACUAGUAGAUGCUGGUGCAGAGUUGAAAAAUGAAUCUAUUACUGAUGGAACUGGACCUAAGCAGUCAGACAUCUCUUUAAUUUCUCAGGUGCCUGAAGACUGCUCUUCCAUCCCAGAGACCAUAAGAGACUCCCUCGUGGCAUUACUGGGAGAAGAUGGAGAUGUGAAUAAGGUUGACCACAGUGGAAGUACACUUCUGCACAUUUUGGCAACGGAAGGGAAUGCUCAUGCAUUAGAGCUUGCAAUUAUGUGUCGGAAUGCAAAUCUGGAAGCCACGGAUAGGCACGGACAGGCUCCGCUCAACUUGGCAGCGCGACACGGGUACGAGGAUGUAGUUUCUGUGCUGCUUGCGGCUGGUGCACAAGCAGAUCACGCGGAUUGUGACGGGUGGACUGCGCUUCGAGCCGCUGCAUGGGGCGGACAUACGCAGGUGGUUGAAGCAUUACUGGAGCAUGGGGCUGCAGUGGACUGUGCAGAUUCUGACCAGCGUACAGCCCUUCGUGCAGCAGCCUGGGGUGGUCAUGAAGAGAUAGUCCUAGCAUUACUGCAGCACGGAGCAGAUGUCAACCGUACAGACGAUGAAGGCCGCACAGCACUGAUAGCAGCUGCCUACAUGGGACAUUCAGAGAUAGUAGAACAUUUGUUGGAUUUUGGUGCUGAAAUUAACCAUGCAGAUGCUGAUGGGAGAACAGCUCUUAGUGUUGCUGCACUUUGUGUACCUUCCAGUGAAGGUUAUGCUAAGGUUGUUAACAUCUUGUUGGAACGAGGUGCUGCAGUUGAUCACCAAGACAAAGAUGGCAUGACACCUUUACUUGUUGCUGCAUUUGAAGGCCACAGGGAUGUGUGUGAGUUGCUGCUGGAAUACGAAGCAGAUGUGGACCAUGCGGACCGCAGUGGUCGUACACCAUUGUGGGCUGCAUCUUCCAUGGGACAUCCUGCUGUUGUAGAGUUGUUACUUUUCUGGGGCUGUUACAUUGACAGCAUUGAUCCAGAAGGGCGAACUGUUUUGAGUGUUGCUGCUGCUCAAGGUGGCACUGAUGUCGUAAAGCAACUGUUGGACAGGGGUCUGGAUGAGCAGCACCGUGAUAACUCUGGAUGGACCCCUUUGCAUUAUGCAGCGUUCGAAGGCCACAUUGAAGUAUGUGAGGCAUUGCUUGAAGCUGGAGCGCGAGUGGAUGAAGCAGACAAUGACGGCAAGGGUCCACUGAUGUUGGCAGCACAAGAGGGCCAUGUACGUCUGAUUGAAACGCUCCUGACAUUUCACAGUGCUCCACCAGACCAGCGAGGUCAUGAUGGGAAGACUGCGUUCAGACUUGCAGUCAUGGAAGGACAUAUGGAGGUCAUGCGGGUUCUUUUAAAUCAUGGUGCAGAUGUGAAUACAAAGGAUGCUGAUGGACGUAGUACAUUGUAUGUGUUGGCUUUAGAGAAUAGGUUACCAAUGGCAAGGUUUUUGUUAGAUGAGGGUAAUGCUGAUAUAGAAACCAAAGAUUUGGAGGGACGUACACCAUUACAUGUAAGUGCGUGGCAAGGACAUGUUGAAAUGGUUGCUUUGUUGUUAUCCUUUGAUGCUGAUGUGAAUGCCACUGACAAUGAGAACAGAACAGCAUUACAUUCUGCAUCAUGGCAAGGCCAUGCUGCUAUCGUGCAACUUCUCUUGGAACGUGGAGCCACUCCCGAUCACACGUGCAACCAGGGAGCUACAGCACUUGGAAUAGCAGCCCAAGAAGGUCAUGAAGAAUGUGUGAAGGCACUUCUGUCACAUGGUGCUGAUCCAAAUCACUCGGAUCGUUGUGGGCGAAAUGCCUUACGCGUAGCUGCGAAGAGCGGACACGAUGCGGUUGUACGCAUGCUGGAGGAGCACUCCGUUAACCAUAAACCCAUUGCCAGCAGGCCUGUACCCAAUGGUGGAGGUGGCAGUAGCAGUGCAACAUCUGUGACCUCUGGCUCAACAGCGGAAACAAAGCCUUCUUCGGCAAUCCUGUACCCACCAGGUCCUAAUAUGUGCCCAGUAUAUUCGCCUGUAGAUUCUCCAAACUCUACGAAACGACGCUCAUUUGUUUCACUUGGAAACAAUUCCAGCAACAGCAAAUCCAGCAGCAAUUUUACUUGCUCCACUAAAAGCUCUCAGCAGUCUCAAGAUCACGGUGGACCCGAUGGAGGCAUUGCUGUAACUAUUUCACCACUGACUUACGACACUUACCAGGGAGCAGCUACAAGUGCGAGCGGACCAAUAUUAUCCUUCACCCAACAGCUGCAGCAGUGCACACGUGGUACGAAGAAUCGGCCCCUCAGUAGGUUGCUGAGUCCUCUGCACAGUGUGCCGCAGAGCCCGAUCUAUGCUUCACCGCCUCACAGUCCGUUCAGUGACAUCGCUGCACCUAGCAGUCCUCUCUCUGCCAACCCGCUGCUCUUUCAUGGUUCCAUUCCUAGCAGUGAUGUUCAUGCGAACACAAAUGCUGUAGCAGAUCCACAUUUUGCACGCGAUACCCAUAUGAGGAUAAUCCUAGGCAACAGGAGCCUAUCACAGACAACUGACUACACUAAUGCAUUUUUUGGCUCCAGGGGUGUAGGCAGUGGCGGAGCUGGAGCCGUUGCUACCCCAUGCAUGAAGUCGUGCCGUAAUGGCAUUGUUACCAACCCUGCGUUACGCAUAGUAGCUGGUGUGAAGAAUGGUCUGGAUGCUGCAGCGGGAAAGAAACAUGCUGGAGCGUCCAGGUUGUAUCAGAAUCCAGGACAGUUUAACAAGGCAAAUGAUGUUCAGUGGAGGAAGGAAACACCUCUCUGAAAUCAACAGGUUUCAAGAACCAAGACUUAUGGGGAAGAUAGAGUAAACAUUGGACAUGUACAGUAAUUUGACUGCUGAUUUGUUACCUCUGAUGCAAAUAAAGUAAUCUGCUAUCCUGAUUUCAAGCCAAAUAUUAGUGUAAUAAUUGAGGUACCCUUCUAGAAGAUGCACACCUUUUACUUCUUGAUCUCAUAAGAUAAAAAAGAAAACUUUGAAGAACAUAAGGUAGAGCAUGGAGAAGUUACAGGGUAUUGGGAAUUAUAAGCAACUUGAUGCAAUGUGCCAAGAAAGAUGAUUGAUGCUAGAUAAUAGUAUAGAUAGAAAAUAGUUUAGAUUCAGGUGAUUUUGGAUGCUGCAUCAGAAUUUAAAAUUCUAGCAAGAAACUUAAAUAAUAGUUGGUACCUUGUUAGCUGCAUUCUGUACAGGCUGAUAUUUAACUUAAUGUGUGUUACGAACAGAUUGUUUUUAUAUGGUGGAAAAUUUCAGAAACAGUUACAGAAAGUGUGUUCUAAUGGCCUCCUAAUAAUAUUGUGUUGAUAUAAAUAAUGGUGAUAAUUUAUUUGAAGAGAAUGUAAAAAUUGUUUUGGCAAAAUAAAGAUAUGAAGUAUUCCAAUUUC